UUAGCGCUUGGCAGUGUUUAGUCCAUUUCCUUUCGUACUGGCGCUGUUCUGUUGGACUGGUUUCACAUCCCGACGACCAUCGCCGCCGCCGCCGCCGCCGCCAUUAUCGUCGAGACAGAGCAAGCAGAGAAAUGUCGUCAUCGAACGUGGUGGUGCUAGACAACGGCGGCGGGCUGAUAAAGGUCGGCAUCGGCGGCGAUCGCGACCCCAUCGCCGUCGUCCCCAAUUGCCAAGCUCGCCCCUCCUCCUCUAAAAAAUGGCUCACCGCCGACCAACUCCACGACCCCGGUCAGGACCUCACCUCUGCGGCCCUCCGCCGCCCCAUCGACCGCGGGUACCUCAUCAACGGCGACCUCCAGCGCGAGAUCUGGUCCCACCUCUUCACCCACAGCCUCCACGCCGACCCCUCCUCCGCCGCGCUCCUCCUCACCCUCCCCCUCUUCUCCCUUCCCUCCGUCGUGCGUUCUACCUUUGAGCUCGUCUUCGAGGACUUCUCCUUCCGAUCCCUCUUCCUCGCCGACUCGCCGUCGCUCGUCCACCUCUACGAGGCCUCUCGCCGCCCCGAAAGCGUGCUUUCGAAGACCCAAUGCAGCCUCGUCGUCGACUGCGGCUUCUCCUUCACCCAUGCCGCGCCGGUUUUCCAGAAUUUCACUGUCAAUUACGCCGUCAAGCGGCUCGAUCUCGGGGGUAAGGCCCUCACCAAUUAUCUCAAAGAGCUUGUGUCUUACAGGUCUGUUAAUGUCAUGGAUGAGACUUUUAUUAUGGAUGAUGUGAAGGAGAAACUCUGCUUCGUCUCUGUCGAUGUAGCUCGCGAUCUCCAGAUUGCCAGGAAACUUGGAAAAGACAAUUUCUUCAAAUGCACAUACAUCCUUCCUGAUGGCAUCACACACAUGAAGGGUUAUGUGAAAGAUCCAGAUGAAGCACAGAGAUACCUCAAUGUGCCAAAUGGAACUCCAACACCAGGUGCAAAGCAGCAUGUGGAUCAACAAGAAGUUACAGAAAAUCUCGAGGACAGAAGGAAAAUCGAUUUAACUAAAAAUGAAUUUAAUCUCACAAAUGAACGCUUCCUUGUCCCAGAGAUGAUCUUUCAUCCUGCAGAUUUGGGAAUGAACCAAGCUGGAUUGGCAGAGUGCAUUGUUCGAGCGAUCAAUUCCUGCCAUCCUUAUCUACACCCUGUACUCUAUGAAAGCAUUAUAUUGACUGGUGGAAGCACAUUAUUUCCUCAAUUUGCUGAGAGGCUAGAAAAAGAGCUCCGGCCUUUAGUCCCUGACGAUUACCAAGUGAAGAUAACAACUCAAGAAGAUCCCAUAUUAGGAGUGUGGCGAGGGGGAUCACUCUUGGCAUCUAGUCCUGAUUUUGAAGCAAUGUGUGUCACCAAAUCUGAAUAUGAAGAGCUUGGAUCUGCUCGGUGUCGAAGGCGAUUCUUUGUUUGAGUCUUCAGAUUCUAGGAGGUGCGUAAAUUCUAAGACUUUAUUUUAUUGAACACGUUUUCCCGAUUAUUUUAGGGAAGAAGAUGGAGGAUCAAAAUGAAAUGUUGGCGUCUCCCAACAUCUAUGUCAACCGAUUUGAAAGAUUGCAAUGUUACAUUGUUAAGUAUAUUUUCUUCUAGCUACUUGACAAUCAAACAGUGCAUGAGAAUGAAUGCAGCUUGGUAUUGAUUGUCUUGGGUUAGUUGUUAGUAACUUGGAUGGAGAAAGGUGGAAGCAGUUCAUGAUGGUUUUAUGCACAGCAGAACAAGCAAAUUGAAAUCCUGAAACAUCCGUCAGCUGGUACUGGUGAAGUACUAUGUUUUAGUGUCUUGGAUUUUCCUCCUAGCACAAGCAUUGUCAAGAGAAUAAUUUGAGCUUCCAAUCCCUCUUGUGCAGAAAAUAGCCAAUAUUGCCAAAAUUGUGUAGGAUACAUAUUUUCUGGGAAAUGAUUUUAGUUGAGGAAGAACUGCAUUUUGUUUAGUGUAAUCAGACUUAUUCUUCACAUGAGAAAGAUUUAAGCGACCCGCAACUUCCGAUUUGGUUACUGUUGAUGCGCUUUUACCAGCUUCUAUUAAGUGGACACCUCAUCUGGUAUGCUGUUGGACUUUAUUUUCAGCAAUCUCAGCAAACAUUCUUUGGAGAAUGUUUGUUCAGCCUAAAUUUCCUGGCUUCUAGCCUUCGACUCAAGUUCUGUUGUUUCUAUGGCAGUACCUGAAUAUUGCAUAUAUAACACUCUCUCCUGGCUUUGCCAUUUCCAUUUCCAGACUGUCUAAAUGGUCUUGGUUUCCAUUCAUUUCUCUAGCCAUGGUUCAGUCUAGUUAAAGUAGAACAGAAAAAUUGUAAAUGCCUAAUUUAUUUCCGCUGGUUUCCAUGACAGACCAGACAUUCUGCAUACUUUUAGUUGACUUGUACUGUUAAUUUUAAUUUUAAUUUUUGAAGAAGGUUAUCUCUGCUUCUAUUUGACUUGAUCCCUAUAAUUUUUCUAGUGUCAAAUACACAAUUGGAUUAUGCUUUUCUGUCUGCAAUGAAAGUAAAUGUGGUGUUAAGAAAACCGGACAGUUGAGAAUGUACGAAUGACCUCCUUUAGGCCAAAGCUCUUGGGCAACGUUUGGAAUUUGAAAAUAAGCAUGCAAUUUGGUCAUAUUCUUGGACCUCGUUUGGAUACAAAACAGGCAUAAAUAGAGUUGAGAACUGUUUUUCUUAUGUUUGGAUAAAUAGAUUUUGCAGGAUUGGGACAUCUUUGGCCUAUCAUUUAUGAGGAACAAGGUAACAGGAUGAGGGAAUUAUUGUCUUCUCAAAAAACGGCGUGGGGGUAGGACCAGCAAGCUAGCUUUAUCCCGAACUUGUAUGCAUAGCUCAACAUGUUAGUCUUGGGUCGUGGGUUUAUUUUCAUCAGGUGAUGUUUAGUCCUUAAAAUCGUUUCGAAUUUUCAAAACUAUGGUGUCCAACAUUCCAUUGUCAUGUAUAUUUUGGGUUCAGAAAGCUGUGUUGCAGUAAUAUCAUAUUUGAUGUAAAUUUUGUAAUGCAAAACAAAAAUUGGAUGUCUCCUAGAGAAGUAGAAAUUUGGGAGCAUGCUUUAAGUUUCAUGAGCCAA